UCUUGCCUGCGGGGGGAGCCGGGGCCGCCCCUUGUCCGGCCACCCCCACUGCCCAGUCCCGCUCCCGCCCGCGGCGGCCGCAGCCGCAGCAGCAGCGGCUCCAGGAUGGUGAGCGCCACUGCCCCCCAGCACAGGCCUGUCGCCCCCGGCCCGCGCUGCCGCCCCGGUCCCCGGGCCGGACGCGCCCCCAGGCCGCGCACACUCACCUAGGACCCGGCCGUGAUGCCGAGUGUUUCUAAUGAGAAAGGAAGGUUAGAGGUCCACCGAUCUAAACCAACGGUCUCAAUGGACAGAUGAAGAAAGUGGAGCUUAGUGAGGUUAAGUGUCUUGGCCAUGAUCACAGAGUGACAGCUCAGGGCAUUUGCUGCCCCAGGAAGCCAGGGUGGGCUGGGGGGAUACCUACCGCCUGCAUCGGGCCCUGUGCAUGGAGAGCCUGUGGUCCUCAGGGAUGGGAGAGGCACCCAGAGGACCCGACGGCAGCAGGACCACGGGGGACAUCGGUGCCUGACUGUUCUGGCAGCUGUGAAGGCUGAAUCAUCUCUCAUGAACCUUCUCUGUUGAAGAUGCACUGGACACCGGAACACGCCCAGCCCCUCAACCAGUGGCCAGAGCAGCACCUGGACGUCUCCUCCACCACCCCGUCGCCGGCCCACAAGUUGGAGUUGCCCCCUGGGGGUCGCCAACGCUGCCACUACGCUUGGGCACACGACGACAUCUCCGCCCUCACUGCCUCCAACCUCCUAAAGCGCUAUGCAGAGAAGUACUCUGGGGUCUUGGACUCUCCCUACGAGCGUCCGGCCCUGGGCGGGUACAGCGACGCCUCCUUCCUCAACGGCGCCAAAGGGGACCCCGAGCCCUGGCCAGGGCCGGAGCCACCCUACACCUUGGCCUCACUCCACGAAGGCCUCCCAGGAACCAAGUCGGGCGGUGGCGGCGGUUCCGGGGCCCUGGGGGGCUCCCCAGUUUUACCCGGGAACCUCCCUGAACCCCUCUACGCCGGCAAUACGUGCGGGGGCCCGUCGGCGGCGCCCGAGUACGCGGCGGGCUACGGCGGCGGGUACCUGGCGCCGGGUUACUGCGCACAGACGGGCGCCGCGCUGCCCCCGCCGCCCCCGGCCGCGCUCCUGCAGCCCCCACCGCCUCCGGGGUACGGGCCCUCAGCGCCGCUGUACAACUAUCCCGCAGGGGGCUACGCAGCGCAGCCCGGCUAUGGCGCGCUCCCGCCGCCCCCAGGCCCACCCCCGGCCCCCUACCUGACCCAGGGCCUGCCCGCGCCCACGCCCCUGCCCGCGCCGGCACCGCCCACCGCAUAUGGCUUCCCCACGGCCGCGCCGGGCGCCGAAUCCGGGCUGUCGCUGAAGCGCAAGGCCGCCGACGAGGGGCCCGAGGGCCGCUACCGCAAGUACGCGUACGAGCCCGCCAAGGCCCCCGCGGCUGACGGGGCCUCCUACCCCGCCGCGGACAACGGCGAGUGUCGGGGCAACGGGUUCCGGGCCAAGCCGCCGGGAGCCGCGGAGGCGGCGUCGGGCAAGUACGGUGGCGGCGUCCCCCUCAAGGUCCUGGGCUCCCCUGUCUACGGCCCGCAACUGGAGCCCUUUGAAAAGUUCCCGGAGCGGGCCCCGGCUCCUCGUGGGGGGUUCGCCGUGCCGUCGGGAGAGCCUCCCAAAGGCGUGGACCCCGGGGCGCUGGAGCUGGUGACGAGCAAGAUGGUGGACUGCGGGCCCCCGGUGCAGUGGGCGGAUGUGGCGGGCCAGGGCGCGCUCAAGGCGGCGCUGGAGGAGGAGCUGGUGUGGCCCCUGCUCAGGCCGCCCGCCUACCCGGGCAGCCUGCGCCCGCCGCGGACCGUCCUGCUCUUCGGGCCGCGUGGCGCGGGCAAAGCGCUGCUGGGCCGCUGCCUCGCCACGCAGCUGGGAGCCACGCUGUUGCGCCUGCGCGGUGCGACACUGGCUGCGCCCGGCGCCACCGAGGGCGCGCGCCUCCUCCAGGCCGCCUUCGCGGCCGCGCGCUGCCGCCCGCCGUCCGUACUCCUCAUCAGCGAGCUGGACGCACUGCUCCCCGCCCGGGACGACGGCGCGGCGGCAGGGGGCGCGCUGCAGGUGCCGCUCCUGGCCUGUCUGGACGGGGGCUGCGGCGCGGGGGCUGACGGCGUGCUGGUUGUGGGUACCACCUCGCGGCCCGCGGCUCUGGACGAGGCGACCCGCCGGCGCUUCUCUCUCCGCUUCUACGUGGCGCUGCCCGACAACUCGGCCCGCGGGCAGAUCCUGCAGCGGGCGCUGGCCCAGCAGGGCUGCGCGCUCAGUGAGCGGGAACUGGCGGCGCUGGUGCAGGGCACGCAGGGCUUCUCUGGGGGCGAACUGGGGCAGCUGUGCCAGCAGGCGGCGGCCGGGGCGGGCCUCCCGGGGCUGCAGCGCCCCGUCUCCUACAAGGACCUGGAGGCGGCGCUGGCCAAGGUGGGCCCUAGGGCCUCUGCCAAGGAACUGGACUCGUUCGUGGAGUGGGACAAAAUGUACGGCUCCGGACACUGAGCGCGCAGGGGAGGCCGCGGGAGCCGCCGUCCCUCCGUCCCCGCCGCCUCCGCGUGGGAGGGAUGUCACUGAAAACCCAGCUGGCAGGGGCCGGAGUGGUGAAUGUGGGAUCCGGGACAGGAGGGGUCUGCCGGUGGAUUUUUUUUUUUCGUGGGAAGGAAAAUGCUUCUGCCAGGCAGAUAGAUGCCAUUUGCGCCGUGUACUCAGGUUUUUCCUAUUUAUUGUGGACUGGAAGCUCGCCAUCUCCGCCCGGCGGACCGGGCAGAUCCGGCAUGGGCUGGCACCCGGGGCCUUAGGAACUCCUGCUCUCUUGCCACAAUGCUUUUGUCUCCUCGCUAUCUGAAUGGCACCCUCCUUCUCCCUCACUCUCUCCACCCCAUUCUCUGCAUUCUCUUGGCUUUCUCUCCCUUUUGUUUUGUCGCUGACACCCCUGCCCCCCAUGCUGGCCCUGUUUCUCUCCUGCCUCUCCCUCCCCAGCUCUCUAUCCCUCAACCUCUGUGCUUCUGUCUCCAUCCCUGGCUCUCCACCGUCCCUGGCCUUUUGGUCCCUGAGCUUUAAUGCCUGUCCCUGCCUUCUGUUCUUAUUUGGACUGCAGUGGCCCUUUGCAGGAGCUCUGGAGGCCCAGGGGCUGAGGAGGAGGGUUACCCCUCUACCCAUCUGAAACCUAGGGUCUAGGGGGAUCAAAGAAAAAAAGUCCCCAAAGAAGGGGAAUUUUUUGUUUGUUUUUGAGGGGAGAUCCCAGAAAUAUAGCUUGUUUCAUAUUUUAGGCUUCUUAUUUUUGUAAAAUGUGUAGAAUUUGCUGUUUUUCUUUUUAUUUUGACAACUCAGGAAGAAACUGACCUCAGAAAGAAUGUUAGACUUUGGCUGCUCUCCUGUGUGCCCCUCACACCUGUCCCCCCGCCCCCUCCCACUCCAUCCAGGGGACCAAAUUCUCCCAGAGACUCAAAAAAUGAGACUUAGGGGAAGGGGAGAGGAAGACCCAGAGGCCUCACUGAAACCCCAGCUAUUCCUGGUCAGAAGCAGAAUGUAUUCCUAAGGGCUUCCUCUCCAGGGCCGAGGCCUAGGCAUGAAUCUGGGGAGUGGGCUGUGGGGUUUGAGAGAGGGGAGGCCUUAUUCCUCUCCUGCUGCUCCCCACCCCCUGCCCCACCCAACCCCUCCGCUGAGUGUUUUCUGUGAAGGGCUAUCCAGAGUUAGGAUGCCCUUGCCCAAUUCCUUCUUGAGACCCAGAAAGUAGGCUGGGAGGGCCCAAAUGGGAAGGUGACCUAAGCAGAAAGUCUCCAGAAAGGUCAUGUCCCUUGGCCCUGCCUUGGCAGAGGUCCCCAGUGACUUAUGCUAGGAGGAUUCCAUCUGGGUAGACAGUCUGGCCACAAAAUCAGCUACUGGACCUCAGCCGCCUCUGCUGGAGGCUCUGAGGAAGAGUGAGCAUCCCUUACUUGGGGGGCUCUGUGAGGAAAUGUGCCUUCCCCAUUCCCCCGGAGUCCUAGGUCUGGAGCUCCAGGGCUGGGAGAGGGUGAGGGAGAUGGGCAGGGGUGUUUCCUCUGACCUUGGGGGCUUAGUCUCAGUCCUGCCUGAAAUUUCCACUAGGCUUGGAACCCUUCCGAGAACCAUAUUUCUCUCCUUCCCACCAAUUUUCCCUUGAUGAGGCUUUAGCAGUUUGCUCCCACCACCCCCCAGCCCAUUUCACAACUCUGAUCUUUGUCCAAAGCAGGGGACAUGCCCCCCCCACCCCGACCACCACUUUUUCUCUCUCCCACCUCAGCCUUCUGUGCAGUUCCUUGCCUGCCCGUGCAUUUCUUAGAGUCUGCUGCCUCCCCCGCUGGCUGGGAGGGUGUCUGGGGGGGACCUUUCAGGGGCCCUGGCACCCAGGGCCUGUGCUGGCCUAGGAGUGCUGACCGGAAGGCUGCUCUGUUUCACCCCCUCCCCUCCCCCUGUUGCUUUCUGACCCCCUCUUUGGAGCCAGCCGCCCGCAGGGCUUUGGUGCCUCAGAAGCAGUGGGCUGCAGGGUCACAGCCGCAGGCUGCAAAAGACCCUCGGAGGGAGCAAGGAGUGAGGGGUUCUCUCUCAGGUGUGUAUGUACUGGGGGGUGGGAGGGUGGAGGGUGUCAGGGAAGUUGGGGUGGGAUCCCAGCCUUCCCUUCAAGAGGCAGGGAGCUCUGGGAGGUGGAGUCCCCACCGCUUCCUCUACUAGGCUCCUCCUGUUCCCCAGGCUUGGGGAGCUUUGCACAAGGAGACUGCCUCCAGCCUAGUGGCACCUACCUCAUGGGCUCUGGGGCAGGUAGGGGAAGGGGCCGGUCCAGCUCUGGUAAUGUUGGGGGGAGGCAUACCAAAGAAUCCAGGGGCAGGGAGUGGGGAGGGUGACUUCUGAGCUGGCCUCUCCCCUUCCUCUACCCAGACUGGGGCUGGGAUCCUCUCCUCCCGCUGUAACCAUUUCUACCUCAUUUUGCUGCGUGUUGUACAUGGACGUAUUUAUCUCCUGUCUGACGAUGCUCUGCAGUUGUGGUCUGUCUACCUCAGAAGAGACUGUAUUUUAAAAGAAAGUAUUACACAGUAUUAAAGUGAUGACAUGUGGUUUGCAGAAGAUUUCUUGGGGGCAGUGGGAUGUGGGAGUCCUCUGGGAGAUGUCUGGACACGUGGGUAUGCCGGUGCCCCGGGCAGGGUGUUCCUAAUCCCUUAGUAACAAGGAGCAAGGAUUCCUGUGACUCACUGUGAUACAGUGAGUACCUACAGGAACGGGCACUGAGGCUGUGGGGAAGAAGCCAUGGGUAAGGGGCCUUCCUGCCGUUCUGAGCUCUGACAUUCAGCACUGGGGCAGGCUCAUUGUAUCCCCAGAGCCACAAAGUAGGGGGACAAGGAAGGGCUCACAUGUUUGUUGAAUGAGUGAAGAAAUGAAUGCAUGGAGGAAGGGGGUUGCUGAAGAGAGGGAGGAGCCAUCCAGAACCUGCAGCAGCCUUCACUGAAUAGAGCUAGGGUUAUACUUGUAUUCCAUUCUCAGUGGAGAUAAAGUGGGCAGAGGGCGGGGUGUGGAGACGGCCGAGUUCCAAUGUUUCAGGUCACGUGGUGUCCUUUGUCUACCAUCCCCCCAUCCAUCAGUCCCAUAACUCUGUCUGUGACAGCUCAUCAUAAACUGGGAGACUGAACAACCUAGCAACACUUGCCGAAAAAGCUCUGUAGAGAUGCCAGUGAGAGAUUUGGACCCACAACUCCUAGGUCCUUGAAUACUGUAGGCAAGAUUGCUGAGCAUGCGCAAGAGCACAGGGGAGUAGCGCACCCAGGCUCCCUGCUAUGGCUCACUGCACACAUACAGGAGGCAGAGUGAGCACCAGGGAGACCCUGCAAAGCAAAGAGGACACGAAUGUGAGUGUGCCUGGAGGUGGGGGCUCUAAGGCACUGCCCCAGAGUCCAUUACCACAAGCCUCUCAGCCCUUGCAGGUCUAAACCCACCUGCCCCCACUCCUCUAUUUUGCACCUUACUGUGUGCAGACAUUGGGCCUGGCACUGAGGAU